GUGCAGUCCAGCUCCCUGCCCCAGACCGACAGGCUGGUUUGCUACGUGACGGGCUUCUACCCCGCGGAGGUGGAGGUGAAGUGGCUGAAGAACGGGCGGGAGGAGACGGAGCGCGUGGUGUCCACGGACGUGAUCCAGAACGGAGACUGGACCUACCAGGUGCUGGUGAUGCUGGAAACCGCCCCGCAGCGCGGGGACACCUACACGUGCCAGGUGGAG